AAAGCAAAACUGCUCCUAUCAAAAGCCUGAAUGCUGCCGAUCUUCCAUAUAAUCAGAGAUGACUGUUUGGGCAGGGAGCUGUUGGUUUUAAUUACCGCCUCUGCAUAGCAGUGGCAAACUGGGGCCCAACAGCAAGGACUUUGAAAGAAUUGAUAACAUCAGUCAAAAGCUGCACCUCCCAGAAAGUGGCCAGAUUUGAGGGCUGAUGGUGCUUCCAGAGGUUGCUCUGAACAGGAUUGCAGUGACAGGAUCAGGCCCCUGUUAAUGGACCAGAGAGCACUGUGGUUCCUUCUAGCUGGAGCAUGGGGGGUCCUGCUAUCCCUGAAGAGCGUAUAUAGUUUUGUACCGGAUGAUCCUCCCAGCUUUCUCACUGAUGGAGUUAUACAGGGCCCUCCCGAAGAUGCCGCUCAGGAGCAGGGUUACUACCUGCAACAGCUUUUUGGACUUUACGGGGAGAAUGGCACCCUGUCCUUCGAGGGCCUGACACGCCUGCUGCUUAGCCUGGGACUAGGGAAGGUACAAGUGGUGGCCAUUGAGCAUGAUGCACUGGGCCAUGGCCACGUCUCCCAUCUGGACAUCCUGGAGGUCCAAGAGAACAAGCACUUGCACUUCCAUUCGUCAAUGGAGCACCUCCACAUGGUUGAGCAUACAAGCAAAGUUCAAGCAGAGGGUGUUACCCCCAGGGAUGGAUUCUCUCAGGUGGGCCAUAUUACCCCAGCAUCAAUAUCUCCUGCACUCCCUGGGAUCGGUCAUGUCACCAAAUCAAACUCCUGGCAAACAACACAGCUUUCUGGGAAGGGUGAAACCCCUUCCAAAUCCCCCCAUGGACAUUCUGACCUAAAUCUUCCAGAGAGGGUCAUUGCCCUGGAUCAUUCUCUCUAUAACCACCUGCAUGAGGAUUGCCUCAAUGUAUCACAGUUGUUGGUGAAUUUUGGCUUGAAUCCUGUCUCCAAGAUCACUCCAGAGCAGUUCACUCUGCUGUGUCCAGCUUUGCUCUACCAGAUUGAUAGCCGGGUUUGCAUCCAGCACUAUGAUGAAGCGGUGUCUCCUGGCAUGAUGCAAAACUCUCUCUGGCCCGGCUUAGGCUGGGGAUUUGCAGCCAUCACGCUGACCAGUUUGCCUUCAGCACUAGCCAUUGUCCUUGUCCCUCUUCUCAGAGGUGAAGUCUUUCAGUUCCUUCUCAGUUUUCUUGUGGCACUGGCUGUGGGGACACUGUGUGGAGAUGCUCUGCUGCACCUCUGGCCACACGCACAAGUAAGAUCCCAUGGUCUGUUACCCUUGAACCAAGAGCCCUUAGCAGAUGGUGCAGUCCUGAGGGGCCUGUGUGUGCUAGGAGGCAUUUACCUCCUGUUCCUCAUUGAGAAUCUCAUGGGAACACUGAAGAAAAUACACAGAAAGCAGGGCACUGCUGGGAAGCCAUCUGACCGAUCUGCUAAGACAGAGGCCAGCAGCCAUGUUAGAGUCAGGGCAACACCUCACGGUGCUGAAUCUGAAAGUCUGACAAUGCCCGAAGGAGAAACUGGGAAUCUCUUCAGUGACGUCCAGGACUGUGCUGUCCAAAUCCGCAACUCGGAAGAAUAUGGAGAGGCAAACUUGGAGAGGCAGACAGCAGAACUACAUCAUCACCAUGGUCAUUCCCACAGUCCAUCUGGCAACCUCAGUGCUGGGAUUGCAGACAUAGCAUGGAUGGUUAUUCUAGGGGAUGGGAUACACAAUUUCACAGAUGGGCUAGCCAUUGGAGCUGCCUUCUCUGAUGGAAUCUCUAGUGGUUUAAGUACCACAGUGGCUGUAUUCUGUCAUGAAUUGCCUCAUGAACUUGGAGACUGUGCGGUCCUGCUCCAGGCAGGCAUUCCUGUCCGAAGAGUAUUGCUCUUCAACCUGCUGUCUGCUUUGCUGGCCUACUGUGGUACAGUAGUGGGAGCAAUUGUUAGCAAGAGCACUUCAGAUGUCACCUCAUGGAUCUUUGCAGUCACAGCUGGCAUUUUCCUGUAUGUGGCCCUGGUGGACAUGCUGCCUGAGAUGUUGGAGAGGCACUCUUCCAGGGGUAAAAGAGGCUCCUCCAUAUACUUUGUCCUCCAGAACCUGGGCUUUCUUCUGGGAGGCACCCUUAUGCUCUGCAUUGCCAUAUUUGAAGGACAAAUCAGUUUCCAUGUGAAUGGGUAGCACUCUCGGCAUACAACACCCAAUCACAAGGAAGGAAGUCAUGGCUCACUCCAGUACAACCAUCUCCUUCCCACAGCAUCCUGAGGGGUGAUAACAUUGACUGUAUUUUCCCAAGAGAAUGCCCAUUUAAGGGGAAAUGUUAAGAGGAAGAUCAGCAGCACCAGCAAUACACCAUUCUAUCUACUUGCCUCCACAUUUGGCAACAAGCUAAUGGUAUCCUUUCCAGGACCUUUCCCUCAAAAGGUGUCCGAAUACCCGAAUACAAUGAAACACCUUGUACUUUAUAAAGGGGGGUAGCAACAAAUUGAUUAAGGCACAAAUUGUGUGCCUUUCACAGUGCAAGGCGGGUGGCAGGUAAUAUAACACAGUGGGUAUCUUACAGAGCACCUUAAUUUGGAUACAAAUUGUAGGCCCCCUUGGCACUCUAACUGAAAGGCUUUCAAUAGAGAAGCUACCUUGACAAAACAAAUUGGGGUGGGUGGGGGGAGAAUGCAAAAAAAUCCACAAACCUGCAGUAUGCAUGGCUGUUUUACAAGCUAUCUGUAUCAUGAUUGCAGUUUUGAAAUUCAUUCUCAUUUAACCAAGUGUAUCAAUAAAGGGGAAUAAUGUUUUUAAA